GCUGGAAUGAGAUGUGAGCUGAUUUCUGGAUUUUUAAGAGUGGAGACAGGGAUUUGAUAAUUUAAUGCUCGGUCUGAAUCAAUCAGGGAGAAGGCCUCUUUUCGUCGACUUCUUCCAAAGAAUAGGUGUUUGGUGUCAUUUGAAGGAUUCUACGAAUGGAAAAAGGAUGGCUCUAGAAAGCAACCAUAUUACAUACACUUCAAGGAUGGGCGCCCCCUUGUAUUUGCUGCUUUAUAUGAUUCUUGGAAAAGUGCAGAAGGAGAAAUCAUAUAUACCUUCACUAUAAUCACAACAUCUUCAUCACCAUCUCUUGAAUGGCUUCAUGACAGAAUGCCUGUUAUCUUGGGCAACAAAGAAUCAACUGAAAAUUGGUUGAAUGAUACCUCCUUGUCCAAUCUUGACAAAAUUCUCAAACCGUAUGAAGGAGAAGAUUUGGCCUGGUACCCGGUGACAACUGCAAUGGGUAAGCUUUCCUUUGAUGGACCAGAGUGCAUUAAGGAGAUUCAGGUAAAAACUGAGGAGACCAAAACAAUCUCACAGUUCUUCUCGAAGAAAGACAUGUGUGCACCAGAGCCAAAACGUGAAAAGUCCCCGGUAAAGAAUGAGCCUACUGAAGCUAGUGAACCUAAUAUUACAAAAGAGGAAUCUUACAACCUGCCAACCGAAAACACGACAAUAAUGUACGAACCAGCUGAAAGCAGUCUUCAGAAAAGUGUGAAGUACGAAGAUGAAAACCAGUCGGCCCUAAAAAUUACCCAAGUGAAGGACGAAUGUGUUGAAAAUAGCCAAGAGAAAAGUACUAAAGAGGAACCCGAGAGCCAAGGCAAAGACGAUCAAUCUACCAUCACAAAAGACAAUCUUGACAAGCGAGACUAUGCAAAGUUUUGUGCUCAUGCAAAAGAGAGUGAAAAAAAACAUGUGAGUCCUGCCCGGAAAAGAAACAAGGAUGUUGCUGAUGAUAAACAACCGACACUAUUCUCUUACUUUGGGAGACGCUAAAAGCUUUCUUUCCUAGUCGUGUAUGCUAUUUGCUGGGUUGAUAUCUUUUUGUGAUAGUAAGAAAAUAAAACAUACGACUGUAAGGUUUUGUGUAGCUAUAAUUUUUUGUUGGGCUAUUGGCGACUUCUAAUUCGUUCAACUUUUGUGUUAUGUUCUUUGGGUUGUGUCUGGUCAGGUUUGAUGAUUGUGUAUGCGAAGCAAUCAGCUCUGUUAAGUCUAUAUAAGCACUCCCUUAGUCUGUCCUUGAAACUGCACAAAGCGUAUAAAUUGGCUCGACAUCAUCAGAAAAAUUAACAAUGAAUGGAGGAUUCAUGGUUGAU